AUGGCCAAGGCCAAACUGUUGUCACUGAGCUUGGAGAUGUUCACUAAUGCAAGAAUGGUCAGGCCAGGCUGUCCAGUCAUUCUGCUCCACCUCUUCAGCAUCUUGGUACAGACGGGAGCUAGUUCUCAGGAUAUCCUGUAUCCAUAUGGACCCGGCCAUAGAGAUCUAGAGACCCCAAAGAUGGAUGAUGGGAGUUCUGCUGAAAUCACUUUGCUUAUUCCAUUCAUUUUCUUUAACAUCCCAUACCGUUCCAUCUAUGUCAACAACAAUGGCGUGAUCUCCUUCAACGUGCAGGUUAGCCAGUUCACACCGGAGGCUUUUCCCCUGAGUGACAGCAGAUCGUUCAUUGCUCCGCUCUGGGCAGAUGUGCACAAUGGCAUCCGCGGAGAUGUGUACUACCGAGAGACCACAGAACCAGAAAUACUGGAGAGGGCAACACAAGAUGUCCGGAAGUACUUUAAAAACAUGCCCACCUUCACGGCUACCUGGGUCUUUAUUGCAACAUGGCAUCAAGUCACCUUCUACGGAGGAAGCCAGACAACACCGGUGAACACAUUCCAAACUGUACUCAUCUCAGAUGGCGUGGGGUUCUUCAGUAUGUUCAACUACGGAGAAAUCACAUGGAGCACAGGAACAGCCAGCGGUGGAGAUCCUUUAACAGGACUGGGUGGCACGACAGCUCAGUCAGGUUUUAAUGGCGGAGACAUUGGUCACUUCUUCAAUCUGCCAGGAUCACGCUCAAAUGAUGUGGUGAACAUUGAACAGACAACCAAUGUUAAUAUCCCUGGGCGAUGGUUCUUCCGCGUUGACACUGAACUGAUCGAUCCUGCCAAUGGCUGCAGCUACAAUGGGCGAUUUUACAGACGAGGGGAAAUCUUCUGGCUCUCUGACCAGUGUUCACAGCGAUGCCGCUGCCUUGACAUUGACAACGAGGUGCAUUGCCAGGAGGCUCCAUGCGGGCAGUUGGAGACCUGCGAGCAGCAGGAGGGGGCCUUUUACUGCCAGCCGACCCGCACCAGCACCUGUGUGGUAUUUGGCGACCCUCAUUACCACACCUUCGAUGGCUUCCUCUAUCACUUCCAGGGAACCUGCUCCUACCUGCUGGCUCGGCCCUGCUGGGAGGUGGCUGGGCUGCCCUUCUUCACUGUGGAGGCCAAAAAUGAGAACCGUGGGGUCACCUCGGUUUCUUGGCUCAGAGACGUGACAGUGGAUGUGUACGGACACCGAGUCACGUUACCCAAAGGCAGUUUUGGAACAGUCCAGGUGGAUGGCUUGGUGAAGACUCUACCGGUCCAACUCCAACUUGGUGCUGUUAGGGUUUACCAGUCUGGGGUUGCCAUUGCUUUAGAAACAGACUUUGGACUCUUAGUUACCUAUGACGGUCAACACUAUGCAUCUAUCUCCCUGCCCAGCUCGUACUUCAACAACACUUGUGGCCUUUGUGGCAACUACAAUGACGACCCUGCUGAUGAUCCCGUGCUUCCUGACGGCUCUCUAGCAGAUAGCGUGGUGGAGUUAGGAGGCAGCUGGCGAGCAGAGGACCCAGACUGGAGGUGUACAGAUGGCUGCGCCCAGAACUGCAGCGUGUGUGACCCUCUUACAGAAGCCUUCUACUUUCGCUCAGACUACUGUGGGCUCAUCAACAAAACCGAUGGACCUUUUAGGGACUGCAGAGCCGUAGUGGACCCUACAGCCUUUGUGUAUAGCUGUGUAUAUGACAUGUGCAGCAACAGGGAUAAUAUCACCACACUCUGUCAGGCCAUCCAGGCCUAUGCUCUGGCGUGCCAGGCCCUUGGUGUCACGAUACGACCCUGGAGAUCUCGCACCUUCUGUGCUUUGUCGUGUCCGGAGUUCAGCCAUUACCAAGUGUGCACAAGUGCCUGCCCAGCCUCUUGCUCCGACCUCACUGCUCCCCUGUACUGUGCUCACCCUUGUACUGAGGGCUGUCAGUGUGACCAAGGCUACGUUCUCAGCGGCAGUCGUUGUGUACAGCGUGAAGACUGUGGCUGUGAGCAUAACGGCCUCUAUUACCCCCUUAAUCAAACUUUCUGGGCAGGUCCCAGUGGUGAGGAAGGUGAAUGUGCCCUCCGCUGCACCUGUGGGCCUGCUGGGGAAGUCUCCUGCUUCAACGAGUCCUGCAAAGAGGGCGAGGUGUGCGUGGCGGAGGUGGGCUUGCUGGGUUGCUACCCUCGGAGGGAGGGAGUGUGCUCAAUCACUCAGAACUCAGUGACGUCUUCCUUUGAUGGCACCUUCCUGCUGUUCCCAGACGACAGCUCCUACUACCUGUUGAAGCUGUGUGGCGCAGUGCCGGCUAAUGGCUCCAUGGUGGAGGUGAAGAUUGGCAGGCGGCUGAUGAACAAAGGCCCCACUUGGAAAAGACCUGUGAUCGUUACAGUGGCUAACCUGGAAGCUCAGAUGGGAGGGACAGAUUUUGAUAUAGUAAAGGUGAAUGGUGAACCAGUGGCUCUCCCAUAUGUCCAUCCAAUGGAGACAAUGAUGAUCUACAGAGCACCAGGCAAUGCUACAGUGGUGGAGUCCCGUGGUCUGCUUCGUGUCCAGUACACUCGCCAGGGGCUCCUCAACAUCUCCCUCUCCACCCUCUAUUACAAUGUUACUUGCGGCCUAUGUGGUGUCUUCAACAGCAAUGCCACCGAUGACCUUCGCCUUCCAAAUGGACGCCUGGCGGAGUCUACUGAACAGUUCACAGAGGGCUGGCGGUCCAUUGCUGAUGACCUCACCUGUAACGGUGACUGCGAUGACCUGUAUCGAAUGUGCACAGACUUGCGUCUCUACCAGAGUCCUUGGAUGUGUGGCAACAUCAAUGACCCGGGGAAUAGUUCAUUUCUGGCAUGUCAUGCAGUGGUCAACCCUUCGCCGUUCUUCAGGAACUGCUUGUAUAACAUGUGUGUGAGGGAAGGGAAUCGUUCAGCCCUGUGUUCCUCGCUGCAGGCGUAUGCCACCGCUUGUCAGGAUGCUCAAGUCGGCCUCGCUUCCUGGAGGAGUGCCACCAACUGCCCUCUUCCCUGUCCACCAAACAGUCAUUUCGACGAGUGCACCACUGCCUGCCCUCUGACCUGUGCCAACUUAGAUGAACCCGAAGAGCCGUGCCCUCUGCCGUGCCAGGAGGGGUGUCAGUGCGAGGACGGCUUUGCGCUCCGCGACGGCCUGUGUGUGGCACGCAGCGAUUGCGGCUGCAUGAGCCACGGGCGCCAGCUGGCCACUAAUCAGACUUUCUGGACAGACUGGGAGUGCCAGGAGCGCUGCUACUGCAAUGGCUCUGACAACAGUGUGUACUGUCAGCUCGCACCCUGUCACCCUGAGGAGUACUGCCAGGAGAAUGACGGCCUGUACUUCUGCCAGCCACGCACUGAGGCCCUGUGUGUGGUAGCAGGUUAUGGACAUUUUCUGCCAUUUGGUGGCGUCCCGUUUGAGCUGCAGAGCUCUUGUACGCUUAGGAUGGCCACCACGAGCUGUGGGAGAGGGAACAGGGACCCGGCGACCAUCACUGGAGCUUUUCCUCCUUUUAAACUGGCAGCUCGUAACGAGGAAAGGGACACAGGCCAGGCGAUUUGGGUGAGGGGCUUCGUACUGGAGGUCUACGAGUAUGAGAUUGAGGUGUCUCGAAGCUACAAAAACACUGUGACGGUGAAUAAGGAGCGUCUGUACCUUCCUCUGAAGCUGGGCCCGGGGAAGGUCAACGUCUUCACCUGGGGCAUGCAGCUCAUUCUGGAGACAGAUUUUGGCCUAAAGGUGGCCUUUGACUGGAACACCCUCCUCCUGUUGACUCUGCCCCGUGACCUCUACAACACCUCGUGCGGCCUCUGCCAGGGCAUGCCCUUAUCCCCUCCCACCCUCACCACCACAGACUGGGGCAUGGCCUGGGCCGAGAGGGACACCUUCUGCCAGGUGGGCUGUGGAGACUCCUGCCCACGCUGCGGCCUGGGAGAGACAAGCGUGCUAAAUGACGCCCCUCUCAUGGUGGCCGAUGCCAACAUUAACAUAGACACAGACAAUGGAGCUAAUGAAGUCAGCAAUGGCAUACGUUUCCACAUCGGGGAUGGACUGUAUGUGUUUGUGGAGCCCGAGGCAGUGAGGCUGUGUGGGCUAAUUGUGGAUCGAGGAGGUGUGUUUGCACGUUGUCACAGCAAGGUGGCGCCAGCGUUCUUUUAUCAAAGCUGCCUGCAGGACACCUGUUUGGACCAGGGAGCUCAGGAUACAAUCUGUAACUGGCUGCAGAUCUAUGCCGGCACCUGUCAGACCCAAGGGGUGCCUGUUACUGGCUGGAGGAGCGACACGCCGUGUGUCCAGAGCUGUCCACCUAACAGCCAUUACUCCAGUUGUGUGUCGGUCUGCCCGCCCCAGUGUGCCCCAGCCCGCGGCCAGAGGGACUGCAGCCAGGACUGUGUCGAGGGCUGCCAGUGCGACCAGGGCUACGUGCUCAAUGGCAAGAGCUGCAUCCUGCCUCAGAACUGUGGCUGCUACACUGAUGGCAAGUACUAUGAGCCCAAACAGCUGUUCUGGAACAGCGACUGCACCAAACGCUGCCAGUGCAUUGGACGAAACCUGAUCCAGUGUGACCCUAGGCGCUGUAAGGCAGAGGAGGAGUGCACCCUGCGCUACGGAGUGAGGGGCUGCUUCGCGCGGCGCUCCCAGCAAUGCAUAGCAUCCGGCGGCGGGGUGUUCAGGACCUUCGAUGGGGCGUCCCUACGGCUCCCGGCCUCCUGCUCCUUCGUCCUGUCCACUAACUGUCACAAGCUGCCCGACCUCUCCUUCCAGCUCAUCGCCAACUUUGAUAAAUGGAGCACACCAAACCUCACCACCAUCUCUCAUGUCUACCUUUACAUCAACGAGGAGAAUAUCCUCAUCUCUGGCAGCACUGUCAAGGUCAAUGGUACACCAGUAUCUGUACCGUUUCUAACUGGACUGAUGACACGUCUGUCCACAUCUGAGGGCUUCAUUGUCAUCGACACGCCCCAGGACAUCCAGGUUCGAUACAACCGCUUUAACACCCUCAGCAUCACCAUGGGCCAGCGGCUUCAGAACAAGGUGUGCGGACUCUGUGGGAAUUUCAACGGAGACCCAAGUGACGACUACAUCACGUCCAGGGGCAAGCCGGCUGUCAGCGCCCUGGAGCUGGCUCAGAGCUGGAAGACCAACGGUAUGCAGAACAGCUGUGAUGAAACCCAGUACGUGGCUCUGGCUCAGUCCUGUGACAACACGGCGGUGCUGGCGCUGCAAGGUGAGGACGCCUGUCAGAAGCUUACCCAGCUGAAGGGUUUCUUCCAGCCGUGCCAUGGCCUGCUGGAUCCCCGGCCCUUCUACCAGUCCUGCUACCUGGACGGCUGCUAUAAUCACCGCAAGGCUCAGGUCUGCGGCUCCCUGGCAGCCUACGCAGAGGCCUGCCGCUCCAUGGGGACCCUCACCACCAAGUGGAUCGCCCAGGAGAACUGCUCAGAAUGGAUCUACGACCCCUGUGCAGGAGAGAUCUGCACAAACUUCACCUGUGAGCUGGAGAACGGAGGAGACCUGUGUGGCUGCCCGGAGUUACCCACCAGCACUGGAGGUGAUGAUGACAUCAUCCAGGCGGAGGUGACCUGUAAGCACGCUCAGAUGGAGGUCUCCAUCUCCAAGUGCAAGCUCUUCCAGCUGGGCUUUGAACGAGAGGACGUCAGGAUCAACGAUGAGCACUGCGCAGGCAUCGAGGGAGAGGACUUCAUCUCCUUCCGCAUCAACAACACCAAGGGGCACUGUGGCUCCAUCGUACUGUCAAACGGCACACACAUAAUGUAUAAGAACACCGUGUGGAUCGAGAGUGUGAACAACACCGGGAACAUCAUCACCAGAGACAAAACCAUCAACGUGGAGUUUUCCUGCGCCUACGAACUGGACCUGAAGAUCUCUCUGGAGACUGUCCUCAAGCCCAUGCUCAGUGUGAUAAAUCUCACCUUACCGACCCAGGAGGGAAACUUCAUCACCAAGAUGGCUCUGUAUAAGAACUCCUCGUACCGAAACCCGUACAGGGAGGGGGAGGUGGUGCUCAGCACGCGAGACAUCCUGUUCGUGGGCGUCUUUGUGGAAGGGGCGGAUGAAAACCAGCUCAUCCUCAUUGUGAACAUGUGCUGGGCCACACCAUCCCGCUACAGCAGUGACCGGCUUCGCUACAUCAUCAUAGAGAGAGGGUGUCCAAACAUUAAGGACAACACCAUCGGCAUGGCAGAGAACGGCGUGUCCCUCACCUGUCGCUUCCACGUCACCGUCUUCAAGUUCAUCGGGGAUUACGACGAGGUGCACCUCCACUGUGACGUCUCCCUGUGUGACUCGGAAACAAACGCCUGCAAAGUGAACUGUCCGCACAAGAGAAGAAUGUACUCGGAGGACAAUGACCAUAAAGAGCACAUACUGACUGUGGGCCCCAUCAGAAGGAGAGAAUCAGACUGGUGUGAGGAGGAAAACGGAGGCUGUGAGCAGAUCUGCACCAGUAAGAUGACCGGACCGGUCUGCAGCUGUGUGACUGGGAUGUUGCAACGGGAUGGGAAAAGCUGCCGAACUGUGAGCUCGAGCUGUAACCUCACACCUGCCGUUUCUCUGCUGAGCAUCAGUGCUGUGAUCUCCAUGUUCCCGGCUCGUAUUCACACUCUCCUCUCCUAACACCCUGCAAGCAAAGGAGGGCAACACAUCAAACAGAAUCAAACACAGAAAAGACUUGAAGAUGCACAAAGUUUAUCAGCGUUGGUAGGUCAGAGUAGAUCAGCUGCGUUCCAGUCAGAAGAUGUAGACAGAGUAAAUUGUACAUUCACAGUGACCACAUAUUCAUAAUGCAACUGAAUGUACGUAACUAAACAAAAAAAGUAAGUUUCACCCCAACGUGAUUACAACACAUUGCAAAUUUAUCUGGUGGUUUUUGUUUGUAGAAAAAUGAAUGCGUAGGUCUGCCAGAGUGUUUUCUAUAUUGCCACCAGAUGGCACCAGAAUAGGACAUUUUAUAAUCCCACACAUGUUGGCUGGUUUGAGUCAUAUUCAACGUCAACUUGACCCAAGAACACUGGUGUUGAAGGCAAACAUCUGACCCAACUUCCUGACCUCCACACUCUAACAUCACCCUGCUAUGAACACAAUAUAUUCUGCAUUAGAACUAAUCAAUAACACUGAAGUUGCAUAAUGGUCAGCAUCAGCGUUAUCUGGAUACUGACAUCUGGUUACAGGGCUUUGCAUUUACACCUGAUAUCAUUAAUAAUCUCCUUAUCCUGAUUCUGCCCACAUUGUGCUCUGAUCUCAAAAUGCACAAAAAAUAAGAUAAACUGUUGUGAACAGUUAGUCAUGCACUUGAUCAGGUGACUGACAGAAAAAUGAUUUGCCAUUUAAUGUGGUAAUCAGUUAAACAAUUUAUCAUUUUUAAGCAGAAAGGCCAAAGAUGAUCUCGUUCCAGCCUCUCAACUAACAGGAUUUUCUGCUUUAAUUCAUUUAAUGUGACAGUAAACUGAAUAUUUUUGUAUUUUGGACUGUUAGUCAAAACAAGAAAUAUAAAGAUGUCCAGGCCAAUAUUACUAUCUUUAAGAUGCUGUGGUGCACUCAUUUUUUUAGCUACCUAAGGUUUUCAUUGGUACCAAUGAUGUCUGCAUUGCCUGUCAGGAAGAGGGCCAAUUAACGCUCCAAAUUUAGGCUAAAUAUUGGCGAGGGAACAACAGGCAUGGUCAUUUUUAAAGGGGUCCCUUAAACUCUCAUCUCAAAAUAUCUGAAUGGAAAUGGGUUCUAUAGAUACCCAUGAUUCUAACCCGGUCUCACUCCGAAGUCGUCAAAAUGCGGCACUUGGGCAGUGACUUGAAGUGUCAGACACUGAUGAAAAAAAGCUGUCCUUUAUUAUUUGCAUGAUACACGGCCGGUCGCUGUUACUGUAUGUUCAAACCAGAAGCUUCCAAAGAGGCAAAGUCUCUCGCGAAUGCCCAAGAAGCAUGACUGUCAAAAAUAUUUGUGGCAGCUUUGGUCGCUCUAGUCGCUCAUCACGUGACUCAUUCGAACGUUCAAUCAUGCUUGUCAAUUUAAAGGAGCCGCAAAGCGGACUACUGGUUUGAAAGCAGCGUAGCUGCUGCUGUGUUGAUAAAAUGCUUUGCUUUGCAGUAUGUCAUCCCAUUCAAACCAAGCAAGGAAGACUUGCAUGCUACGUUGCAACAUUAGCCUGCAAUUCUCUCCUCUCUUACUAACAUUACACACUUUAAAACUCACCAGACCAACCAACUACCUCCGGGACAUGGUCCCAAGCCUCCUUCUUUUUAUUUUGGUCUUUGUAACUGAACAGCGACACAUUAUAAAGGACUGAGUGGGCGCGAUCACAAGUAAUCAACUUCUCGAUAUCCACUGUCGGAACAAGUGUGCUGUAGGAACUAAAGUUGCAUGGCUGGUUCUCUGGGACCCGCUUCAUCAAAGCACAUCAGCAUUCCAAUUAGUUGUCGCCAAACCGCGUCAGAGCUCAUUACCAUAAAGUUAAACGAGUUUUAACUCCCCUCCAGACCCACUCUGGUCGCUUUGGUCGCCCAAGAUGUGCGGCUGAUGACCAGGUCGCCCAAGUCGCCCAAGUUGCCGGGCUCUCAUUGAAAAUUAAUGACUUGCGCUGUUUUGGAAGCUCUGGUCACGGUUGGUUUGAACGUACAGUUAUAGUUUAACGAUGCUCGUUUGCAUCGGGGGGAAACACAGUGGGCAAAAGUCCGAGUAGGUCAGGUGUAAGGGUGGUGGACGGGUCCAAGAAACACUGACUUUCCUCCGCGAGAGCUGCGUUCGCAUCCCGCAAGAUUAGGAAUAAAGAACAGGGUUUGGCUUUAUAAACCCAACCACGUGCGUUAGUUGUUGGUCAGCGUUAAAUUUACUUUGAAAGAAGACAUGCAUGUAACAGGCAGAACUUGACACAGCGUCCCAGAACACCAACAACCAAUGCACCCACAAUACCUUUCAUGUUGUAUCUGGACGUGGAAAGUCCAUGACCAAACGUCGAUACGUGACACUGUCGGAGUGAGACUUUGUUGACAAGUCUCCCAUAAACUUGUGAAAACUUGUUCUCAGUAAAUGUUUUGUUCCUUACGACCAGAGUAGAUCUUCAAAUUAAAACUCAUUUGUCUUUUUCAGGAAAAGACCAACCAGUCUAUGUAAAGAACAAUGAAUUGCUUCACAGGUAAAAGUACAAAAAACAAGAAAAUCGGGUUGUUGUGGAACUCAGAAUGUUAACUAUACCGAUAUCAUGCACAUCUGAUAAUUAGUAAUAUUAACCAAUAAGAAACCAAAGUAUAUCAGUAUGCGAUUCCUUAACUCUCUACACAAAGGUUUUGACGAGCCAAUAUGCUUCAGUAGCAUAAUAAAGGAAACUGGCCUGAAAUUCAGUUACGUUUUUUGGUUAGAUUUUCAGAGGCCCAUCUAGCCACCCUUGUGAAAGAUUUCCGGGGGCAUCCCUGGUGUUGUUGGGCCUUGGGGUAUUAUGACUUUUGGACAUUUUACAGACAAAACUAUGACCUGGAUCCUCAAGAAUAUAAUACAUGUUCUGCUGUGGAAUUAAAAGUGUCUGAAUAUAAAUUCUCCUGACUGUCAGUUAGACACUUAACACACCAGCCAGCUUACUUACUGUUUGACCUCCACAAAAUUUACAUCAUCAUUCAUGUAAGAAGAAAACUGGAUAGUGUGUUUAAUGAUGCAAACAGUGGGAGAAAUAUUGUGAAUGGGUGGCCUACAUUUAUCUUGGAUGUCAAAGUGGAGUUUAUGAAUGCAGUGAGUAUUAAUGUGUGAGGAGAGCGCAGUGUGAAAUUAAUACUACUCAAAUUUUGGUGUCAUAGAUCUGUAAGAUAUGCAAUCAGUUGUGCCAUUAAAAUAUUGAAUUUCUAUCCUAAUCAGUUCUGAUUAAUAUUGACUGUUGGCUCUGACGUUGAUUCUGGACAACAGUUUGCCUUUUAGGUCGGACAUUUGAAGACAUUGACUGAGGUUCUCUAAAUAUGGUCCCUGGUUUUCUAUUUGGCACCAAUAUAUGUCAUCAAACAUCUUAUGUAACCCUUCAGUGUUCUUCACUGAAGCCCACUGAAAUUCUCAGUUUUGGGUAAGUUAUGCAGUGAGUAGCAGUUUUUCAUAGGUAGGCCUGUUUUGCUACCUUCUAUGUACAAAUGUACAGUCCUUGUCAGUUUGGUGGUUUAUGUCG